UUCUACGAACCGCCCCUCGGUUCGGAGAGUCCGGAGCGGCGCGCGCUCUGUGGCUUGAGCGAAAGCGAGAUCUAGUGGCUGGAGGGCGCGAGCGCAGCGGCGAGAUAUGAUAUGACGGAGCGGCGAGAGACUUUUUGUUCAACGGAUUAAUUUAAAGAGGGGCAGACAGUCACAGUGUGGUGCUGCGAUAGUCUAGAUAUGUUUGGCUGUCUGGUGGCCGGGAGGCUGGUGCAGAUGGAGGCCCAGCAGGUGGCCAGCGACAAGUUUGUGUUCAACCUGCCAGAUUGCGAGAGCGUUAACCACGUCGUGGUGUUCAUGCGGGGAACGGUUCCGUUCCCCGCCGGAAUGGGCGGCGCUGUGUACUUCUGCUUCCCGGACCCCGCCGCAGGGCCCGUGUGGCAGCUGCUGGGCUUCAUCACCAACGAGAAGCCCAGCGCCAUCUUCAAGAUCUCGGGUCUCAAGACAGGCGUGGGUGGAGAACACCCCUUCGGGAUGAUGAUGGCGCCCCAGAUUCCCUCGGUGGCCCAGGUGGGCGUGUCCGUCGAACCCCUGGAGCAGCUGGCCCAGCAGACGCCUGUGUCUAGUGCCACCGUAUCCGCCGUGGACUCGUUCACGCAGUUCACUCAGAAGAUGCUGGAGAAUCUGUACAAUUUUGUCUCGUCCUUUGCGGUGUCUCAAGCACAGAUGAUCCCGAACCCCUCGGAGAUGUUCAUCCCUGCGAGCUGCCUGCAGCGAUGGUACGAGAACUUUGAGAGGAGAAUGGCCCAGAACCCAAACUUCUGGAAGACAUGAACUUGUGCACCAGUUCCUUUUCGUUCUUUGAAGAACAACAGACAGUGGGAAUGACCCAAACGGCUGGAAGAACUCACCCCUGAAUUUGCUGGAGGAGGAGUGUGUGUGGCGCUAGUUGUACGCUGAUGGGGCGAGGCGGCGUUCCUCUGCACCCACACAUCUCUACAGCUGGUUUUUAGGAUGGAGGAUUUCCUGCCCUAUUUAUGUACAUAUUCAGUAUUCUGUUUCCAUGUGUUGAUAAAGUUGGGGAGAAAA